AUGUCCGGAAGAACCUCUGUUCCCACCACUUUUGCGCCUCUCACGGCUACUACAGAGGGGAGCCCAGGCACCGUAGCCCAGAGUACGGUGGAAAAAUCAAGCCCUACUACCUCUACUCUAGCAGAGACGAGCACCUCUCAAGGCACUAGUGGAACAGCAGAGAUGCCCACUGCUUCAAGAGCAACUUCUAGCCCUAGUGAGACGAGCACUAUUCCUGCAAACACCACAGUAGCAAAGACAACUCCAAACUUCUUUCCUUCUAGUGCAACAAGUGAAUCCACAGAAACGGCUGAGAGCACUACGGAAAAGGCAACGCCACCUUCUCAGACGACGAGUGUCGCUGAGACCUCCAGCCAAGCUGAGAUCACAACCUCUGAGUCCCUAACAAGUAGAGACACUAUCACAACCGUUCCACUCUCCAGUAACCCUUCCCUUACUGCAAGUCCAAGGGAAACCUUCACGAGUGCGGAAAGCACCACCGCUGCGCCACACACAAGUACGCCUGGUGGGACGACAACUGGAGAAGACACCACUAGAAUAGCAGAGACCAGCACAAUUCCCGUCCAUCCCACUACGUCAUCUGAGUCCACAAAAGUGUCUGCAAGUAAAUCUACUUCGAUGACAGACUCGUCUCAGACAACUUCCCAGACUGACAGAGAAACCACAACCGUCUCUCCUGCAAUUCCAUCAGGCAGGUCCACAGAGAUGUCCGGAAGAACCUCUGUUCCCACCACUUUUGCGCCUCUCACGGCUACUACAGAGGGGAGCCCAGGCACCGUAGCCCAGAGGACGAUAGUCGCUGUUACAAAUGACUUUAGAACAGAACUGGGAAAUUCUCCAACAAGUGUUCCCCAAACUCCAUCCAGCGGAACUGGCAGCAUUACUUCACCAGCUGAGAAAACUGGAAGCUCCUCUGUCACCAGUACUGUAGCUGAGCUAUCAACGACCAUCGGCACCCAUGCUGCAGAAGAGCUGAUUACAUCUUCCUCUGUCACCAGUCCCCCAGAAACCACCACAGUUACGCUAAUGACGACUUCCCCAACUGAGACUACACCAGUAAUUAGUACUUCUACAAUGGAAGGGACAACCACCCUUCCUCUUCUUAGCACUUCACAACCUGAAACCACUGCUGCAGCCACCUCUACCAUAGGAAUAACCUCCACCUCUCCUCUAGAGACGUCUUCUGCAGCUGAAACUACAGCAAUGACUAGUAGCACUGGAAAGACAACAAUCCCAACAGAGAGGACAACAAUAACUAGUACCACUGGAGCUGAAGUGACAUCCACACCUUCCGUCCCUUCAACUUCACAAGCUGAAAGCACAGCUGUAGCCACAUCAACUGCUCUAGAAACAACCACAGUCCUGGAACAGACCACUUCCCCAGCUGAGAGUACAACAAUAAUUAGUACUUCUACAAUAGAAGGGACAACCACCCUUCCUCUUCUUAGCACUUCACAACCUGAAACCACUGCUACAACCACCUCUACCAUAGGAAUAACCUCCACCUCUCCUCUAGAGACGUCUUCUGCAGCUGAAACUACAGCAAUGACUAUACCUGCGAGUACAGCUGCAGCCACCUCAACUGCUCCAGAAACCACCACAGUUACGCUAAUGACCACUUCCCCAACUGAGACUACACCAGUAAUUAUUACUUCUACAAUGGAAGGGACAACCACCCUUCCUCUUCUUAGCACUUCACAACCUGAAACCACUGCUUCAGUCACCUCUACCAUAGGAAUUACCUCCACCUCUCCUCUAGAGACGUCUUCUGCAGCUGAAUCUACAGCAAUAACUAGUAGCACUAGAAGUGAAGAGUCAACCACGCUUCCCCUUCUUACAACUUCAGGACCUGGGAGCACAGCUAUAGCCACUUCAACUUUUCCUGAGACCUCCACAACUCUUGCAGAGACAACAAUCCCAACAGAGAGGACAACAAUAACUAGAAUAACCUCCACCUCUCCUCUAGAGACGUCUUCUGCAGCUGAAACUACAGCAAUGACUAGUAGCACUAGAAAAACAACCACAGUCCUGGAACAGACCACUUCCCCAGCUGAGAGUACACCAAUAAUUAGUACUUCUACAAUGGAAGGGACAACCACCCUUCCUCUUCUUAGCACUUCACAACCUGAAACCACUGCUGCAGCCACAUCUACCAGAGGAAUAACCUCCACCUCUCCUCUAGAGACGUCUUCUGCAGCUGAAACUACAGCAAUGACUAUACCUGCGAGUACAGCUGCAGCCACCUCAACUGCUCCAGAAACCACCACAGUUACGCUAAUGACCACUUCCCCAACUGAGACUACACCAAGAAUUAGUACUUCUACAAUGGAAGGGACAACCACCCUUCCUCUUCUUAAAACAACCACAGUUCUGGAACAGAGCACUUCCCCAGCUGAGAGUACACCAAUAAUUAGUACUUCUACAAUGGAAGGGACAACCACCCUUCCUCUUCUUAGCACUUCACAACCUGAAACCACUGCUGCAGCCACAUCUACCAGAGGAAUAACCUCCACCUCUCCUCUAGAGACGUCUUCUGCAGCUGAAACUACAGCAAUGACUAAGACAACAAUCCCAACAGAGAGGACAACAAUAACUAGUACCACUGGAGCUGAAGUGACAUCCACACCUUCCGUCCCUGCAACUUCACAAGCUGAAAGCACAGCUAGGAGAAACAACAGCAGCCAUCUCUGUGACGACCACAACGUCGCUUUCACCUACCACAGCUGCAUUGACAAACCGGUGAGAGCUGGGAAUGACACCGGGGUAGAUGCCGUCUGCACCUACAGGCGCGACUCCACUGCUCCCCCGUUUGACAGAGUGGGUGUUUACCAUGAAAUCCGCAACAAGACAAAUGGCAUCACCAAGCUGGGCCCCUACACCCUGGACAAGGACAGCCUCUAUGUCAAUGGUUAUAACGAAGCACCAGCUCUGCCAACAAUUGAACAUUUCACUGUGAACUUCACCAUAACCAAUUUCAAAUAUGAUUCACAACUGGGAUCUCCUCAUUAUGCCCGGUUCAAUGCUACUGAGAAAGCCUUGAUCUCGUUGCUCGACCCUAUAUUUGGAAACAGCAGCAUCGGCCCAGAUUAUAUAAGGUGUGAAGUGACGGCUUACAGACCGGUGAGAGCUGGGAAUGACACCGGGGUAGAUGCCAUCUGCACCUACAGGCGCGACUCCACUGCUCCCCCGUUUGACAGAGUGGGUGUUUACCAUGAAAUCCGCAACACGACAAAUGGCAUCACCAAGCUCGGCCCCUACACCCUGGACAAGGACAGCCUCUACGUCAAUGGUUAUAACGAAGCACCAGCUCUGCCAACUGUUUUGCCAGUCUCAACCCCCGCUCCAGCAAUUGAACAUUUCACAGUGAACUUCACCAUAACCAAUUUCAAAUAUGAUUCACAACUGGGAUCUCCUCAUUCUGCCCGGUUCAAUGCUACUGAGAAAGCCUUGAUCUCUUUGCUCGACCCUAUAUUUGGAAACAGCAGCAUCGGCCCAGAUUAUAUAAGAUGUCAAGUGACGGCUUACAGACCGGUGAGAGCUGGGAAUGACACCGGGGUAGAUGCCGUCUGCACCUACAGGCGCGACUCCACUGCUCCCCCGUUUGACAGAGUGGGUGUUUACCAUGAAAUCCGCAACAAGACAAUUGGCAUCACCAAGCUGGGCCCCUACACCCUGGACAAGGACAGCCUCUAUGUCAAUGGUUAUAACGAAGCACCAGCUCUGCCAACUGUUUUGCCAGUCUCAACCCCCGCUCCAGCAAUUGAACAUUUCACAGUGAACUUCACCAUAACCAAUUUCAAAUAUGAUUCACAACUGGGAUCUCCUCAUUCUGCCCUGUUCAAUGCUACUGAGAAAGCCUUGAUCUCGUUGCUCGACCCUAUAUUUGGAAACAGCAGCAUCGGCCCAGAUUAUAUAAGAUGUGAAGUGACGGCUUACAGACCGGUGAGAGCUGGGAAUGACACAGGGGUAGAUGCCGUCUGCACCUACAGACACGACUCCACUGCUCCCCCGUUUGACAGAGUGGGUGUUUACCAUGAAAUCCGCAACACGACAAAUGGCAUCACCAAGCUCGGCCCCUACACCCUGGACAAGGACAGCCUCUAUGUCAAUGGUUAUAACGAAGCACCAACUCUGCCAACUGUUUUGCCAAUCUCAACCCCCGUUCCAGCAAUUGAACAUUUCACUGUGAACUUCACCAUAACCAAUUUCAAAUAUGAUUCACAACUGGGAUCUCCUCAUUCUGCCCGGUUCAAUGCUACUGAGAAAGCCUUGAUCUCGUUGCUCAACCCAAUAUUUGGAAACAGCAGCAUCGGCCCAGAUUAUAUAAGAUGUGAAGUGACGGCUUACAGACCGGUGAGAGCUGGGAAUGACACCGGGGUAGAUGCCGUCUGCACCUACAGGCGCGACUCCACUGCUCCCCCGUUUGACAGAGUGGGUGUUUACCAUGAAAUCCGCAACAAGACAAAUGGCAUCACCAAGCUCGGCCCCUACACCCUGGACAAGGACAGCCUCUACGUCAAUGGUUAUAACGAAGCACCAGCUCUGCCAACUGUUUUGCCAAUCUCAACCCCCGCUCCAGCAAUUGAACAUUUCACAGUGAACUUCACCAUAACCAAUUUCAAAUAUGAUUCACAACUGGGAUCUCCUCAUUCUGCCCGGUUCAAUGCUACUGAGAAAGCCUUGAUCUCUUUGCUCGACCCAAUAUUUGGAAACAGCAGCAUCGGCCCAGAUUAUAUAAGAUGUGAAGUGACGGCUUACAGACCGGUGAGAGCUGGGAAUGACACAGGGGUAGAUGCCGUCUGCACCUACAGGCGCGACUCCACUGCUCCCCCGUUUGACAGAGUGGGUGUUUACCAUGAAAUCCGCAACACGACAAAUGGCAUCACCAAGCUCGGCCCCUACACCCUGGACAAGGACAGCCUCUAUGUCAAUGGUUAUAACGAAGCACCAACUCUGCCAACAAUUGAACCUUUCACUGUGAACUUCACCAUAACCAAUUUCAAAUAUGAUUCACAACUGGGAUCUCCUCAUUAUGCCCGGUUCAAUGCUACUGAGAAAGCCUUGAUCUCGUUGCUCGACCCUAUAUUUGGAAACAGCAGCAUCGGCCCAGAUUAUAUAAGGUGUGAAGUGACGGCUUACAGACCGGUGAGAGCUGGGAAUGACACCGGGGUAGAUGCCAUCUGCACCUACAGGCGCGACUCCACUGCUCCCCCGUUUGACAGAGUGGGUGUUUACCAUGAAAUCCGCAACACGACAAAUGGCAUCACCAAGCUCGGCCCCUACACCCUGGACAAGGACAGCCUCUACGUCAAUGGUUAUAACGAAGCACCAGCUCUGCCAACUGUUUUGCCAGUCUCAACCCCCGCUCCAGCAAUUGAACAUUUCACAGUGAACUUCACCAUAACCAAUUUCAAAUAUGAUUCACAACUGGGAUCUCCUCAUUCUGCCCGGUUCAAUGCUACUGAGAAAGCCUUGAUCUCUUUGCUCGACCCUAUAUUUGGAAACAGCAGCAUCGGCCCAGAUUAUAUAAGAUGUCAAGUGACGGCUUACAGACCGGUGAGAGCUGGGAAUGACACCGGGGUAGAUGCCGUCUGCACCUACAGGCGCGACUCCACUGCUCCCCCGUUUGACAGAGUGGGUGUUUACCAUGAAAUCCGCAACAAGACAAUUGGCAUCACCAAGCUGGGCCCCUACACCCUGGACAAGGACAGCCUCUAUGUCAAUGGUUAUAACGAAGCACCAGCUCUGCCAACAAUUGAACCUUUCACUGUGAACUUCACCAUAACCAAUUUCAAAUAUGAUUCACAACUGGGAUCUCCUCAUUAUGCCCGGUUCAAUGCUACUGAGAAAGCCUUGAUCUCGUUGCUCGACCCUAUAUUUGGAAACAGCAGCAUCGGCCCAGAUUAUAUAAGGUGUGAAGUGACGGCUUACAGACCGGUGAGAGCUGGGAAUGACACCGGGGUAGAUGCCAUCUGCACCUACAGGCGCGACUCCACUGCUCCCCCGUUUGACAGAGUGGGUGUUUACCAUGAAAUCCGCAACACGACAAAUGGCAUCACCAAGCUCGGCCCCUACACCCUGGACAAGGACAGCCUCUACGUCAAUGGUUAUAACGAAGCACCAGCUCUGCCAACUGUUUUGCCAGUCUCAACCCCCGCUCCAGCAAUUGAACAUUUCACAGUGAACUUCACCAUAACCAAUUUCAAAUAUGAUUCACAACUGGGAUCUCCUCAUUCUGCCCGGUUCAAUGCUACUGAGAAAGCCUUGAUCUCUUUGCUCGACCCUAUAUUUGGAAACAGCAGCAUCGGCCCAGAUUAUAUAAGAUGUCAAGUGACGGCUUACAGACCGGUGAGAGCUGGGAAUGACACCGGGGUAGAUGCCGUCUGCACCUACAGGCGCGACUCCACUGCUCCCCCGUUUGACAGAGUGGGUGUUUACCAUGAAAUCCGCAACAAGACAAUUGGCAUCACCAAGCUGGGCCCCUACACCCUGGACAAGGACAGCCUCUAUGUCAAUGGUUAUAACGAAGCACCAGCUCUGCCAACAAUUGAACAUUUCACAGUGAACUUCACCAUAACCAAUUUCAAAUAUGAUUCACAACUGGGAUCUCCUCAUUCUGCCCUGUUCAAUGCUACUGAGAAAGCCUUGAUCUCGUUGCUCAACCCAAUAUUUGGAAACAGCAGCAUCGGCCCAGAUUAUAUAAGAUGUGAAGUGACGGCUUACAGACCGGUGAGAGCUGGGAAUGACACAGGGGUAGAUGCCGUCUGCACCUACAGGCGCGACUCCACUGCUCCCCCGUUUGACAGAGUGGGUGUUUACCAUGAAAUCCGCAACAAGACAAAUGGCAUCACCAAGCUCGGCCCCUACACCCUGGACAAGGACAGCCUCUACGUCAAUGGUUAUAAUGAAGCACCAGCUCUGCCAACUGUUUUGCCAAUCUCAACCCCCGUUCCAGCAAUUGAACAUUUCACUGUGAACUUCACCAUAACCAAUUUCAAAUAUGAUUCACAACUGGGAUCUCCUCAUUCUGCCCGGUUCAAUGCUACUGAGAAAGCCUUGAUCUCGUUGCUCAACCCAAUAUUUGGAAACAGCAGCAUCGGCCCAGAUUAUAUAAGAUGUGAAGUGACGGCUUACAGACCGGUGAGAGCUGGGAAUGACACUGGGGUAGAUGCCGUCUGCACCUACAGGCGCGACUCCACUGCUCCCCCGUUUGACAGAGUGGGUGUUUACCAUGAAAUCCGCAACAAGACAAAUGGCAUCACCAAGCUUGGCCCCUACACCCUGGACAAGGACAGCCUCUAUGUCAAUGGUUAUAACGAAGCACCAGCUCUGCCAACUGUUUUGCCAAUCUCAACCCCCGCUCCAGCAAUUGAACAUUUCACAGUGAACUUCACCAUAACCAAUUUCAAAUAUGAUUCACAACUUGGAUCUCCUCAGUCUGCCCGGUUCAAUGCUACUGAGAAAGCCUUGAUCUCGUUGCUCAACCCAAUAUUUGGAAACAGCAGCAUCGGCCCAGAUUAUAUAAGAUGUGAAGUGACGGCUUACAGACCGGUGAGAGCUGGGAAUGACACCGGGGUAGAUGCCGUCUGCACCUACAGGCGCGACUCCACUGCUCCCCCGUUUGACCGAGUGGGUGUUUACCAUGAAAUCCGCAACAAGACAAAUGGCAUCACCAAGCUCGGCCCCUACACCCUGGACAAGGACAGCCUCUAUGUCAAUGGUUAUAACGAAGCACCAGCUCUGCCAACUGUUUUGCCAAUCUCAACCCCCGCUCCAGCAAUUGAACAUUUCACAGUGAACUUCACCAUAACCAAUUUCAAAUAUGAUGCACAACUGGGAUCUCCUCAUUCUGCCCGGUUCAAGGCUACUGAGAAAGCCUUGAUCUCUUUGCUCAACCCAAUAUUUGGAAGCAGCAGCAUCGGCCCAGAUUAUAUAAGAUGUGAAGUGACGGCUUACAGCCCUGUGGAAAAUGGCGACGGCACGCACGUCGAUGCCCUCUGCACCUACCGAAAUGACUCCACCAGACCCAAGUUCGACAGAGCGAAGGUUUACCACGAGCUGAGCAACAAGACAGGAGACAUCACUAAAUUAGGUCCUUACAACCUGGACAACAGCAGUCUCUACGUCAAUGAAUACAACGAAGCACUUCUUGGACCAACUCUGAGCCCAACUACCCCCCAAAGUCCAACAGCUGGGCAUUUCACACUGAACUUCACCUUGACCAACCUCCGCUACACCACAGACCUGGGGACACCGGGUUCCCGUAAAUUCAAUUCUACAGAGAAAACAAUACUGUAUUAUAUUGAGCCUCUGCUCAGAAACAGCAGCAUUGGCCCGGUCUACACUGGAUGCGAAGUGAUGGCAUUUAGGUCGGUGAAGAACAGGGAUGACACCGGGGUAGAUGCCUUGUGCAGCUACAGGAAUGAGGCCACAGCGCCCAAGUUGGACAGAGUGAAGGUUUACCGGGAGCUGAGCAGCAUGACGAAGGACAUCACCACAUUAGGGCAAUACAACCUGGAUAACAAGAGCCUCUAUGUCAAUGAAUACAACGAAGCACUUCUUGGACCAACUCUGAGCCCAACUACCCCUCAAAGUCCAACAGCUGGGCAUUUCACACUGAACUUCACCUUGACCAACCUCCGCUACACCACAGACCUGGGGACACCGGGUUCCCGUAAAUUCAAUUCUACACAGAAAACAAUACUGUAUUAUAUUGAGCCUCUGCUCAGAAACAGCAGCAUUGGCCCGGUCUACACUGGAUGCAAAGUGAUGGCAUUUAGGUCGGUGAAGAACAGGGAUGACACCGGGGUAGAUGCCUUGUGCAGCUACAGGAAUGAGGCCACAGCGCCCAAGUUGGACAGAGUGAAGGUUUACCGGGAGCUGAGCAGCAUGACGAAGGACAUCACCACAUUAGGGCAAUACAACCUGGAUAACAAGAGCCUCUAUGUCAAUGAAUACAACGAAGCACUUCUUGGACCAACUCUGAGCCCAACUACCCCUCAAAGUCCAACAGCUGGGCAUUUCACACUGAACUUCACCUUGACCAACCUCCGCUACACCACAGACCUGGGGACACCGGGUUCCCGUAAAUUCAAUUCUACACAGAAAACAAUACUGUAUUAUAUUGAGCCUCUGCUCAGAAACAGCAGCAUUGGCCCGGUCUACACUGGAUGCGAAGUGAUGGCAUUUAGGUCGGUGAAGAACAGGGAUGACACCGGGGUAGAUGCCUUGUGCAGCUACAGGAAUGAGGCCACAGCGCCCAAGUUGGACAGAGUGAAGGUUUACCGGGAGCUGAGCAGCAUGACGAAGGACAUCACCACAUUAGGGCAAUACAACCUGGAUAACAAGAGCCUCUAUGUCAAUGAAUACAACGAAGCACUUCUUGGACCAACUCUGAGCCCAACUACCCCUCAAAGUCCAACAGCUGGGCAUUUCACACUGAACUUCACCUUGACCAACCUCCGCUACACCACAGACCUGGGGACACCGGGUUCCCGUAAAUUCAAUUCUACACAGAAAACAAUACUGUAUUAUAUUGAGCCUCUGCUCAGAAACAGCAGCAUUGGCCCGGUCUACACUGGAUGCGAAGUGAUGGCAUUUAGGUCAGUGAAGAACAGGGAUGACACUGGGGUAGAUGCCUUGUGCAGCUACAGGAAUGAGGCCACAGCGCCCAAGUUGGACAGAGUGAAGGUUUACCGAGAGCUGAGCAGCAUGACGAAGGACAUCACCACGUUAGGGCAAUACAACCUGGAUAACAAGAGCCUCUAUGUCAAUGAAUACAACGAAGCACUUCUUGGACCAACUCUGAGCCCAACUACCCCCCAAAGUCCAACAGCUGGGCAUUUCACACUGAACUUCACCUUGACCAACCUCCGCUACACCACAGACCUGGGGACACCGGGUUCCCGCAAAUUCAAUUCUACAGAGAAAACAAUACUGUAUUAUAUUGAGCCUCUGCUCAGAAACAGCAGCAUUGGCCCGGUCUACACUGGAUGCAAAGUGAUGGCAUUUAGGUCGGUGAAGAACAGGGAUGACACCGGAGUAGAUGCCUUGUGCAGCUACAGGAAUGAGGCCACAGCGCCCAAGUUGGACAGAGUGAAGGUUUACCGGGAGCUGAGCAGCAUGACGAAGGACAUCACCACGUUAGGGCAAUACAACCUGGAUAACAAGAGCCUCUAUGUCAAUGAAUACAAUGAAGCACUUCUUGGACCGACUCUGAGUCUCACUACCUCCCAAAGUCCAACAGCUGGGCAUUUCACACUGAACUUCACCUUGACCAACCUCCGCUACACCACAGACCUGGGGACACCGGGUUCCCGCAAAUUCAAUUCUACAGAGAAAACAAUACUGUAUUAUAUUGAGCCUCUGCUCAGAAACAGCAGCAUUGGCCCGGUCUACACUGGAUGCGAAGUGAUGGCAUUUAGGUCUGCGAAUAAUAAGGAUACCGGGAUCAAUGCAGUCUGCAGCUACAAAAACAACUCCACAGUCGCCACGUUUGACAGAGUGAAGCUCUAUCAUGAGCUGAGCGGCAUGACAAAGGGCAUCACCACGCUCGGACCCUACACCGUGGAGAAGAACAGCCUUUAUGUGAAUGGUUUCCGCCUCUCAGACAUAGCUACUACUACAGAACCUCCUCCCACGGUGACUCCAGAGACUGUGGGGUAUCUGCUCAACUUCAAAAUAAUCAAUGUAAACCUAACCAACCCAGACCCGACGUCUUCGGCCUACCAAGCAUUACAGAAAGACAUUGCUGACAAGAUUAACCAGCUGUACAAAAAGAGUGACCUUCAAGGCAGAUUCCUGUACUGCAGCGUCACAGGCUUGAGGAUUGGCUCUGUAGUGGUCGACUGCCACUGCUACUUCAAGCCAGCGCCCAACCGCAGCGAGGAGACCGUUCUAAGCGCCUUUCAGGACGGAACGAGGAAUGCAAGCGCACAAUGGCUGGGAGGCAGCUACCAGCUGCAGGGAGCCAGUGUGAAUGUUUUGGAGCCAGUUAUUAAGCCAGUCACUCAGCCGCCCGUCAGUGCUGUGCGAGAGACUUUCAGGUUAAACUUCACCAUCACUAACCUCUUCUACUCGUCCGAACUGAAACAACCCAAUUCAAAUCCUCACCGACUGAACAAGCUGAUGAUUGAGCAAGCGCUUGACAACAUUUUCAGAAAUAGCAGCGUCAAGAACUACUUCGCUGGCUGUUCAGUUGAAAGCUUUCGGCCCAUCUCCGGGAAAACUUACACUGGUAUUAAUGCCAUCUGCAAAUUUAUGCUGGACAGCACCUCCAGGGCCUUUCAAAGAGAAGAAGUGUAUGAGGAGUUUAAACAUCUCACCAACGGAGUCACUCAGCUGGGGGACAGCUACACGCUAGACAAGGAUAGCUUGCUUGUUAAUGAUUAUUCUCCUCUGAACACAAUGGCAGGAGAGCCUGGUAGAUCGGAGCUCCCAUUCUGGGCCAUAAUCCUCAUCUGCCUCUCGGCAUUGCUUGGCUUGAUUCUCCUCCUCCUCGUGUGUUUCUUGAUUGCCUUUUGUCUGAGAAGAAAGGAAGGCUUGUACGACGUCCAACAGAGCAUAUACGGGGUCUAUUUCCCACACCUGGACAUGAGAAAAAUGCACUGACGAACGUAUUGCCGAGAUGAACUCCUUGCACUCAGAAGUGUCUCUUCUCACUGACUCAUUCAUCCACCAAGAGAAAAAAUGUUUACAACUGCAGUAAAGAAUGUUCUAUUUUUCCCUUAGUAAAUUAUGAUUAGCCCGAGACACAUCUUUCCUUGUGGCCUUUAUACAGAAAACCUUUGCACUGAUCCCAGCAAUUAUUUUGUACUGUGGAAAACUGCCAGCAAUGAAGAUGUAUUGGGGAUAGAUAUUUAUUUUUUUACGCACUGUGGGAUUUUGAGCAAAUGUUAUACAUCCAAAAAAAUAAAACAGAAAAUGAAGUGAACGCUAGAUGUAUGCAGUCUACAGAGCUCCUCAGUGUUAUGUAGUUUUUCUGAAGGGGGAGAUUAAAAUUAUGCUCAUUUAUGGUGUUUUAGUUACUAACUAUUGUGAAUGAACAAACCCAAGACAAAAGCACUUUAAUUCUACUUUGUUUGUUUUCUGCUUUAUCAUUUAAAAAAUUAUAUGUGUAUAUAUUUUAAACAAAUGAAAAAAAUAAUUUUAUAUUUUAAAUGAUGCCAGGAGAUUUUUUUUGUUUUGGUUAAAGAUGCAUUAUUAAAUAUAAUUCUUUGUGAAUUUGUGAGUCUGUUGUCCCAUGUCACUCAGGAUAGAUACUGUAACACGGACUGAAAUUCAGAAAUAAAGUAUCAGAAAUCA